UGCUUGGAGUUGGCAGUGGUACAUUCCAGAUGACAGCUUGUCCUGAGCUAGCUUUCAUGCCUGAGCAUCGGCAGACAGUCAGAGCUACGGAGAGUGGACAUUUAAUUAACAUCUUGUGUCGUUAUAGUUUAAUUUGAAACAAAUAUUGACCAGAAUGUCUGCUUCAAAAAAAGGGGACUUGUCUCCUAGUGAAAAGGAGUUGUUUGAGGUUAUUACUGCAGGAAACGUUCAAGAAGCCUCAAGGCUGCUGGGCUGUAAGGAUGUUCGAGUCAACUGUUUGGAUGAGUAUGGGAUGACUCCUCUCAUGCAUGCCGCUUACAAAGGAAAGGCAGACAUGUGCAAGUUGCUGCUGCAGCACGGUGCAGAUGUGAAUUGUAAUGAACAUGAGCACGGAUACACAGCGCUGAUGUUUGCCGGCCUGUCAGGGAAGACUGAGAUCACCUGGAUGAUGCUGGAUGCAGGAGCAGAAACAGACGUAGUUAACUCAGUUGGAAGGACUGCUGCACAGAUGGCAGCUUUUGUUGGGCAACAUGAUUGUGUCACAGUGAUCAACAACUUCUUCUCCCGUGCCAGACUCGAUUACUACACUAAGCCUCAGGGUUUGGAGAAGGAACCCAAGCUACCGCCUAAACUAUCUGGGCCUUUGCAUAAGGUCAUCAUGAGCACCAACUUGAACCCUGUCAAGAUGGUGAUGCUGGUGAAGGAGAAUCCUUUACUGGCGGAGGUGGAGGCUCUCGACAAAUGUCGCCGUGUGAUGGAGCUCAUCUGCGAGAAGUGCAUCAAGCAGCAGGACAUGAACGAGGUGUUGGCCAUGAAGAUGCACUACAUCAGCUGUGUGCUUGGAAAGUGCGCCUCCUUCCUCAAAGACCGUGAGGACAAGCUGGAGGGUCUCCUUAAGAGUUUGCUGAAGGGUCGGGACACCGACGGUUUCCCCGUGUAUCAAGAGAAGUUCAUCAGAGAGUGCAUCCGCAAGUUCCCGUACUGUGAUGCUACUCUGCUGCAGCAGCUGGUCCGGAGCAUCGCUCCUGUGGAGAUUGGUAAUGACCCCACAGCUCUGUCGGUGCUGACUCAGGCCAUCACCGGUCAGGUCGGCUUCAUGGACGCAGAGUUCUGCACGACUUGUGGAGAGAAGGGAGCUGAGAAGCGCUGCUCCAUCUGUAAAAUGGCGAUCUACUGUGACCAAGCUUGCCAAAAAAUGCACUGGUUCACCCACAAGAAAAUCUGUAAGAAGCUCCAAGAGCAGAGAGAAAAGCAAGAAGCAGAAACGGCCAAACUGAGGAUGCAGCAGAGCAAAGAGGAGAGUAAAGCUGUGCAGGAGGCCACAGACUCCAUACAGGAGCUCUCAGUGGAGACCGACAGUGAGGCUGCCCCCUCAAACUCUGAAGCAGAAACAUCAGAUCCUGUGACCAUCCAAGCUGCUGACAACUGAGGAACCUCUGACAGAUGAAGGCAAUGACGUCUUCUCCAUGGUCCAUCCGUACACCACAGGCAGACUGAAAGCCAGAAAAGGACUCAAAGGACUCAUAUUUAUUAACAGCCUGAGACUGUCACCAUAACAGCAUCCGAGGAAUGUUUGUGCCGCAGUCUUUGUGUCCUUUUUCUAAGUUAACUUUUCCGAUGGAAUUGUUACAUGUGAAUGUGAACAUUACAUAGGCUGAAGUGUUUGUGUUAGGCAUCACUGGGAGGGAUUGAUAAUGGUUCACAUCCAUGAUGGAAAGCAAUUCUGCCUUAAACUGUAGCAAACUGUGUGGGAAGGAAGUAGCCAAUCAGAGCCGUUGUUUGUUUGCAGUUUGAUUUAUUAUCAGGAUGUUUGUUUUUUUUUGUACUGAUAACCUCAUGAGAGUAGAUGACAUCGUUGCACUGUGUUGACCAAAAAUGUAUAUUUUAAAAUAUGAAUGACAAUAACUGAGUUAUUUUUAGUGAAUCAUGAAAUAUUAUGUAUAAUUCUCAGGAUUUUCCAAAAUCUGAUUACAUUGAAAAGGUUUUCUCCAGCAUCCGUUGUUGAUCGAGAACAUCAUGUCAGGAAAACAAGCGUCAGUUUGUGUUGAAAGCUCUCACCCCUGUGGUUUUGAUGUUCUUUCAUUUGCUGUACAGCUUGAAGUGAAAACCUCGUGUCCAGGAAGGCUGUUUGUUCUGAGAGACGGUGACUUCCAAUCUGUCUGACAGCUUGAUCUCAAAUAAAUUAAAGACCAACUCCA